AUGAGUGCCAACAGUGUCAACUUGCACGAUUUGCGUCUCAAACUAUUCGGACCAACGCUGGACGAUUCCUUGUUGUAUGGAGUUGAUCGAAUUAUCAACUGCUUCGUUCACGGACAGAAAGGCAGCAAAGGACCUCUGAAAACUGAAAGCUUCUAUCGGUCCUGUGAAGCUUUGCCAGAGCACGAUAGAACGGCUCCGAAUCUUCACCUCUUAGCACCGAAGCUUUCCUCCGACGAAAUGGAUAUUAUCAUUGACGCAAUUGUUCAGUCUCGCCGCAAUAGUCUAAAGCCCGGAAGGAAAGUGACAGCAUCCACCAGCAGGCACGAUGCGGAUCCCAAGCUACGUCAUACCCGGUGGGCCAUCGCAAGGAUCAACGAGUUUGACGAUGGUGGGAAAACGUACGAAAUUAUGAAGCCACUAGACGGGACACUGCUACCGACGGUGUCGCAAAACACGGAAAUUGUGUUCGCCGUACUGCAGAACGGGAACACUCUCUCGUACCGAAUCCAGCUCCAGCCAGAUCCAUCGGUGGAAUACUGCCGAUGCUGA